GGCUUUGUGGUUUCGGAUGAGAAGCUGGAUCUUUCCCGCGCUGCUGCUGCUGCGGGAGUGAAGCGCACGUCUCUUUCUUUCUCGCGCGCCUGGAAGGGGGCUCCACUUUCCCGGUGGAUCUGAAUGCGGAGAGGGGGAGGCGGCGGCAGGAGGAGGAGGAGGGCGCAGAGAGGAAGGGAGCGCGAGGGACUGGCUGCUGCCGCUUCUUCUCCUCCUCCUCCUCCUCGCCUACCGCGCACAGAGCCGGGCAGACAAAGGGGGGCGCGAGAGGGAGAGCGAGGGAGCUUCGCAGCCUCAAGGUCACUCGCUCCCCUCCCUGGCACAGCAGAGGGAAAAGAGGCGCGCGCGGGAACGAAGCUGCCCUCCUCCUCCUCCUACGCCGCCGCCGAGCCCCCCAUUCCCAGUGCUGCCCUCUCCUCCUCCUCCCCACACCCCGCUCCCCUCGCCUUGCCAGCCUUCUCGGCUUCCCGCCCCUUUCCCCACCCUGCCCGUUCCCGCUCGCUGCGUGCGCGCCCGGCGGGCUGCGUGAGGUUUGCCGGGAGCCCUUCAGGCGCGAAGCCACCACCAGCUCCUCAGCCCGCCGUCGCCGGCACUUGGGCGGCAGCGGCAGCCCGCCGUGGAGGGUCCCCUUGCGGCGCUGCUCGGCUCUUUCCUCGCCCGCCCGCCAACCCCCUUUCCUCAGCCGGGGUGCUCCGGGCUUUUGGGGGGCACCAUGCCGGGGGUGCCGACGGCUCCCGGGUCCCCGCCGCCGCCCGGCCACCGCCAGCCCCGGCGCGACUGCGCGGGGGGCGCUCGUCGGCUCUCGGUGGCGGGAUAAUGUACCGUCUUCGCCGCCGCGCCUGCUGGUCGCCCACCCGAGAGGCCCCGAGUCGCCGCCAUGUCCCCCCCAGCCUCGGCGGCCGCGGCCAGCAGCAGCGAGAGAGGCAGCAGCGCCUCGGUGCCUCCGGAGGAGGCGGAGGGGGCCCGAGAGGAGCAACGGCCUGUGAAGCAGUCGCUCAGCAAGUCGCUCUGUAGGGAGUCACACUGGAAGUGCCUGGUGCUCUCCCUCCUCAUGUACGGCUGCAUGGGAGCCAUGACCUGGUGCCAUGUGACGAAGGUGACCCGGCUGACCUUUGACAGCGCCUACAAGGGAAAGUCCAUGAUGUACCAUGACAGCCCCUGCUCCAAUGGCUAUGUCUACAUCCCCUUGGCCUUCCUGGUGAUGCUCUACGUGGUCUACCUGGUGGAAUGCUGGCACUGCUACACCCGCAAUGAGCUCCAGUACAAGGUGGAUGUGGAGAGCGUUCACGAGCGCGUCCAGAGGAUGCAGCAGGCCACCCCCUGCAUCUGGUGGAAAGCCAUCAGCUACCACUACGUCAGGAGGACUCGCCAAGUCACCCGCUACCGCAACGGAGACGCAUAUACCACCACCCAAGUGUACCACGAAAGGGUCAACACCCACGUGGCAGAAGCAGAGUUUGACUACUCCAAUUGCGGGGUGAAGGACAUCUCGAAGGACCUGAUUGAUCUGGAGAACUUCCCGGCCACCCGGCUCCGCUUCACCAAGUGCUUCAGCUUUGCCAAUGUGGAAUCUGAGAACUCCUAUCUGACCCAGAGGGCCCGCUUCUUCACAGAGAACGAGGGACUGGAUGACUAUAUGGAGGCAAGGGAAGGCAUGCAUCUUAAGAAUGUGGACUUCAAAGAGUACAUGGUGGCCUUCUCAGACCCAGACAACCUACCUUGGUACGUCUCCCACUAUGUCUUCUGGGUUGCUGCUCUCUUGACUUUGUCUUGGCCCUUGCGGGUCUUGAAUGAGUUCCGCACUUCCUACGUCCACUACCACGUAGAGAAACUCUUUGGGUUUGAUUAUGUGGCAGUAACACCGGCUGAAGAGCGCCCUUUCUGCCGGAGGAUGCCCCGGGUCAACACGGUGGACAGCACUGAGCUGGAGUGGCAUAUCCGGUCCAACCAGCAGCUGGUGCCCAGCUAUUCUGAGGCUGUCCUCAUGGACUUGGUGGGACUGUCUAGCUGCACUACCUACUCCUCCUGCCGCUAUGGGAGCUACAGACAGAACUGUGAGCAGUGCCACAGGACUAUAAGCAGUUCUUCCAUCUUCUCCCGCAGCGCCCUCAGCAUCUGCAACGGCAGCCCCAGAAUCCCCUUCAGCAGCAGCCGCUUCUCACUGAGCCGCCUCUAUGGCUCACGGCGCAGCUGCCUUUGGCAGAGCCGGAGUGGGAGCCUGAACGAGCAGAGCUGCCCAACUGAACAGACCCGCCUGUCCAGCCAAGUCACUGUGGAGGAGGAAGACCCUCCUCCUUACCAGGACGCCCUCUACUUCCCCAUCCUCAUCGUGCACCGAAACGAGGGCUGCCUCAACCAUGACCACCGCCAUCUCCAUCGGAAUGGGUCCUGCGUGGAGACCUCGCUGUGAGGGCAUGAAAAGUACCUACAGGAGAAGUGUCAUGUGCCCAGAUGUGGGGAGGUGUAUUUUAUUUUGGGGGGAAGCAGAUAAAAAGAGAGGUCCCAACACAUCCCAUGUGAAUCAGAGAGAAUGGCUCCCUCUUAUCAUCCCACAAAGGACUCAACAGCUCCUGAGCUCCGUUCUGGCUCUGUAAUGGCUUUGAUGUGAGGUGGGCAGCUAACACCACCAUCAAAACUACUGCACAGAACUAAACACUGACAGCCACAUGCAAAAAACAAAAAAUCUGAAGGGGGAAGGGCAGUAACAGCCCAAGUAUUGGGUGUGUGUGUCUUUCUUCCUAGCCUCCAGCUAACCAGGCCACCUUGACAAUAUCUGUCUAGCAGGAGCAGUCCCUGCCCCAUAAUUAUGAUUAUUAUUGAGGGGAGGGGACAUCAUCCAAUCUUUGUAGAGUCACACACUUUGGCAGUUGAAUUCAUGGCAGUGUAGCAUGUUUCCUUCAGAAGCAAGGCAAUUAACUGCACUGGUUUCCCAGGCAAAAGGAGCUGAGAAAUAACUGAGAAGCAACUACAAGCCAGGCCGCCUUCCUUUUUCUAAACCAUGCUCCGACUGUUACGCUGUUCUCAGCUGCUGGGGACGUGAGAUCUUAGGAUGUCUCCUUGGAAAGCCUUGAUGUUUCACGUCUGAGAAUCAGCAUCCCAUAGGUAAAGCUCAAAGCAUUCAAAGUACUUACUUCAUUGUGGUAGCAGAAAGCAGAAAUGAACAGGGAAUUUGCAAAGGAAACCCCACACUUUUAAUAGAAUGGAGUCUUCUUUCCGAACCCAGAAGAAGGGCCAGUACACAAAGGAAAGCAGUUGCAUUUGCUAGGCAUCUGCUGGUGUUGGGAGAGAUGUCGUGGGGAGGUGAGGAUGAACUGGGAAGCUGGGAGCUCUGAAGUGAAUGAAAAUGUGUUGUAAUGAACGCAGGCAGGGAGGAAGUCUGGUAUCAAGGGAGGUUCUGAGAGGUUCAGCUGCAGUUUAUCUAUUCAUACAGGAAAAGGUUGGUAUGCAAGGCUGAGGGGUGGUGUGCUUGUGCAAGGCUGAAUUUUACUUAAAGUCAAGCUUGUCUGCUUGAUGGUGUUCUCUGGAAUGUGAAAGGAGGCAGUUAUACAGAGCAUAAAAGAUAAAUUGUGUUAGAGAAAGCGUGUAUAUGUGAGAGUGAGAGAGAUUCCUGAAACCUGCUUUCUUUCUGGUGGAAGAAUGAGGCAAUAGCAAGAGAAGUAACUUGUUAUAAUUCAUAUCUCUUAAGACAGGUGGCUCCAAGGAGUUUUGAGCUCCUUUGUAAUGGGAAGACACUUUCAUUACUGAGCGUCCCACCCCCCCUAAUUAAUGGACAGUAUAAGGAACCACUAAAUAGUUUUCUGAGGUUCCUGGAACUAUCCAAACCCUUGACAAUACAAACAACACAAUCCUAUGCACAGUACCUGGGACUAAGCCUCAUUACAUUCAAUGGGACUUCCUUCUGGGGAAGGAAUACAGACACAUACAGGAUUGCAGUGUUAGUCAAAGAACAGAAACAUGCAAAUGGAUCCUUUUGCAUUCCAGUGAGAUUAAGUCCUGUCUAUAGUAGGGCAUUAGCAGGCAGAUCAAUUCCUUCUUCACUGGAGGAGAACAACUGUUCCUUUCAUUUUCUACUCUGACAUUAUUUAGCAUAAGAAAGAUAGGCACUGAUCUCAGAACUCUUAUCAUGCUGAACUUGCUUUUAAAAAUAGAGUUUUGCUCACAUUCUGGCUUAUUUGCAUUUUGUGUUACAUUACUUCAACUAGCAAAUAAUGCCUCUGCACUUUUGAGUAAUUUUGGUAUAAUAUUGAAACACGUCACCCCAAUUUCCACAAGCGGUGCAAGAUUCCAGGGGUACCAGAUGUGCUUACCAGGGUCUGUGUUUCCUUUUGGACAAGGAGGCGCAGUGGAGACUGUAGUGCCCUUAUAAUAUAGGACUAAUUUGCACAAAACUUGAGUUUUCCGGAACUGUUAUUCAAGCUGGAUAUUCUGUAAAAUAGGAAAGGGGAAGUGUGAGAGAAAACUGGCUGUUUUGAACACAGUUGCUUGCAGGGAAAUACACCUGUGUAUCAAGGCUGGCGUCAGAUGCAGGUCAGCACGAAGAAGCAGAGACAGUUGUCAGUGAAGUUAACUGUUUAUUCAAGGAAAUGGCAUACAAUUCAGCAACACUUCCCUGUAGGUCUUGCCCCCAUAGGGCAGAUGCCAGGACUGAAGGUCCCUGCAUUCUACCCUUUCUAAGACUCCUCCUCUCCCGUAUGUUUCCCAAGCAGUCUCAAACUGCAUGCCUACCUACCUCUGGCCUCUGUUCUUGGAGACCAGCAGGGAGGGGAGCUUGUCACAGCAGGAGAGGGAGAUUCCUGGGAUUCUUCAGCAGCCUCUUGCUCCCUCUCCUCUGCUUCAGCCUCGGAGUCUGAACUGCUCUGUCAUUGGCUCUUCCUGCUCACUAAACCCUGUUGCCCCUUCGGCUUCCAGCCCCUCCUUCCAAUCGUCUCCCUCUGACCUCUCCAGCACCAAUCCCCAGGCUCUGAGCCAUCCUCCUUUGGAACUUCCCUUGGGGGUUCCUUGGCGGGUGCCUCCCACUACGCCUCAUUGUCCAGCCAGUCCUUGACACUGUGAUGGCGUUUAGGAUCAGGAUGCUAAAAUACAUGAAUGUGGGAUUUGAGGCUCAGCAUGAAGAUAACCUGUAUCGAAGUCUGCUGUUUGCAUAAAGCAGCAGUUGUUAUGUCUCUUGUGUGACCGUAAACAUUAUUUUUGAAGAGUGUAGCAUCUGGAAUUGCCGGCCUCGCAUUCAUUCCACUUUAGAGUAUUGUCUGAUCUCCAGGUUAUUUACGCCUGAGAUGACAAUUUAUUUGGCAACAGGUUUGAUGGCCUGAUCUGCUCUUAUAGUGACAGCCUGUUCCUCAUAUGUAACCUGAGUUCUCUCAGCUGCGUCUUAAUCUCAUUAUUUCUCAUUCAUUGACCAAAUAGCACAAUUGACCCUGCUCCUCUGUUCGGUUUCUGGGUCUGGCAGUGCACAACUUUUCCUUGUCUUUCUAGACUUUUUCCCCCACCAUACUGUGUUGGACCAUCCUGAUCUAGAGGGUUACCAGCAUUGGGAAGCUAUUUAGGGGUCAGCAAACUUUUUCAGCAGGAGCCCGGUCCACUGUCCCUCAGACCUUUUGCUGGGCCGGACUAUAUUUUGAAAAAAAAUAUGAACGAAUUCCUAUGCCCCACAAAUAACCCAGAAAUGCAUUUUAAAUAAAAGCACACAUUCUACUCAUGUAAAAACAUCAGGCAGGCCCCACAAAUAACCCAGAGAUGCAUUUUAAAUAAAAGGACACAUUCUACUCAUGUAAAAACAGACUGAUUCGCGGACCGUCCGCGGGCUGGAUUUAGAAGGCGAUUGGGUUGGAUCCGGCCCCUGGGCCUUAGUUUGCCUACCCAUGAGUUACAGGCUCAGAGGUGUAAGGAUUGGCCUGAGGGAUGUCUCCUUUUUUGGAACUCUGGUGCACCGAUUCAGUGCUUGUUAAGCCAUAUGGUACCCAUACCCAGCUUAUGUUCGCCUAAUAGCCCAUACAGAGGAAUCCUGAAGUAAUCUGCCCCAGGAAAGGAUGAAUAAGAUCUUGCUUAACAUUAUACGGGCAUUACUUCCUGUUAUUUAUUUAUUUGGCACUUCAGUGCCAAACCGGGAGCACAGGACGAUCAGCUGCGAGCGGCUUUUCUUGCAUACAGUUGCAACAUGGCUCAAAGUAACCUAUGGUGCAACUAGACAACAAAGUACUGGGAGAACCCAUCACACAGAUCUUCCCUUACUGUCGGGUGGUGCUCUCCAGAUGUGGUUGGACUACAACUCCCAUCAGCCCAAUUCUGCAUGACCAGCAGUGAGGGAUGAUGGAAGUUGUAGUCCAGCAACAUCUAGUGGACAUUUUGUUGACUGCCCCUCAGUGUAGUUGUCAUGAGCAUCACCCACCAAUCUGGG